UUAUCACCAGGAUGCAAAGCUAUUACUGUAAAUAAACCUUGAGGGCUGCACAACCCUUGCAGCCGGUGCGCGUACAAGCCCUUGUUAGCUGCGAGUCUUCGCGCGGCUCGCAGUAUUUCCCACCUGAGGGAAUCCAUGCAUACUACCAUUGCCAUAUACUGCUGAGCAAUAAACUGGGCCAUCGCCAACGCGACUCUGAGAAUUUUGCGCUGCCGGUUGGGGAUGCACCUCGUGCAUGAAGACGUGCCGCUCGUGGCCGGGGCGCGCAGCAGUGGAGAACACGGCUUGGGACGAGGCGCGCUGCCAAGUCGUUCAGGGACCGCGCGCCUGCGUCGUGUGGUGCGACACUGCAUCGAGCAUGAGCCGCUGCUCCUGGCCACCCUCGCGGGUGUGGCUGUGGGCGUCAUCCUGGGCACGGCGCUGUCGUUCGCGAACCUCAGCCCCACGGCGCUGGAGGUUAUCGGUCUGCCCGGCGACCUGCUGAUGCGCACACUCAAGAUGUUGGUGCUGCCGCUCAUCACCGCCUCAGUCAUGGCAGGUGUGUGUGCGCUGCGGCAGAGCACAGCGGACAUGGGUAAGGUGGCGCGCUACACGCUGCUGUACUACUUCAGCACCACCAUGGGCGCGGUGGUGCUGGGUAUCGCCAUCGUCAACAUCGUGAGGCCCGGGCGAGGCUCGCCGUUUGACCAGCUGGACAGCGGGGAGGGCAGCUGCCACGCCGCCAACCAAAAAACGGUGGCCAGUCACGCCGCCAGCACGGGCCAGCACAGCCCCGUGGAGGCCUUCCUGGGCGUCAUCAAGUCAGCCUUCCCCGACAAUGUGUUCGCAGCGGCAGUCAACAUGAACGUGCUCGGGAUCAUUACGGUGUCGUUGCUCAUGGGCGCCGCCUUGAGCUCCAUGGGCCCAGAGGCCGUGCCCAUGAUUACCAUCAUCAACAUCUUCAACGACGCAAUCGGCAAGAUCGUGAACUGGGUCAUCUGGACGUCACCCAUUGGCAUCGCCUCCCUCAUCACCACCUCCAUCUGCAAGGCGUGUAACCUGGCGGCCACGCUGGAGGCAUUGGGUUUGUUCAUUCUGGCAGUGCUGAUGGGGCUGCUGCUGUGGGGUUUCAUCAUCCUGCCAGCCAUUUACUACGCCACCACCCGGCGCAACCCGGGCCAGGUGUACCGAGGCUUCUCCCAGGCGAUGGCCACGGCCUUCGGCACCGACUCCUCCAACGCCACGCUGCCCAUCACCAUGCGCUGCGCCACCGAGGGGCUGGGCUGCGACCCGCGCAUUGUGCAAUUCUUCUUGCCGCUGGGCACGACCGUCAACAUGAACGGAACGGCGCUGUACGAGGCGGUGACAGUCAUCUUCAUCGCGCAGGCGCAUGGUGUGGUGCUGGGCGCCGCCGGCACCGUCAUUGUGGCGCUCACGGCGACGCUGGCGGCGGUGGGCGCUGCGGGCAUCCCCUCCGCCGGCCUGGUGACUAUGCUCAUGGUCCUGCAGGCUGUGGAACUGGAGCAGUACGCUAGCGACAUCGCCAUCAUCCUGGCAGUGGACUGGUUCCUGGACCGAUGCCGAACGGUGGUCAACGUGCUGGGAGACUCCUUCGGCACGGUGAUCAUUGAUCACCACGCCCGCGGCUGGAUCACACCCGCUGCCGCUGCUGCUGCCGCUGCUACUGCCGCUGCCAAGGGGCAUGGGGCGGCAGUAGCAGGGGGUGGCGGCGCCGGUGGCGCGCUAGAGCUGGCGGCAGGUGAGCGCCUGCCGCCGCCGCCCCCCUACGAGCUGGCCGCGCCAGGCGUGGUCGUGCAUGGGCCAGACAACGAUGAGGAUGGCGACGCCGUGAACGGCAGGGCUGCCGCAAACCAUCCCCUCGCUUAUGACUACACACAUCAUCCGUACGGCUACACGCAGCAGCAGCAGCACAACUCAGGACAGCAACAGGGCCAACACGGGCAGGAUGGCCCGAGUCACAACAGCGAUCAACAUCCCCAUCUUCAUCACCAGCAACACCAUGUGGGGGUCCUUGACCGCAUCUUGGGCGGCAUGGGCCACACCGGCCACGGCAGCGAGGCGCGGCAAGGCCUGCUGGCCAAGCGGAGCGACAGCCUCGAGCGGAGCGACGAAGAGGACGUAGCGGUAGGGCGGGGGCCCGGGGCCGCAACAGUCGCAGCCCGUGGCAGCAUGGAUUUGCGGCGGGGCGGCGCAGGUGAGGGACAGGCGGCCUCAGCUUUGGGCGCUGCCGCGGUGGCGUACGGCGCCAGCGGCGCGUGGAGCUCGCACGGCGAACUGCACCAGCGGCACCCGCACGGGGCUGGAGGGGCGGCUGCGGGGUCGGGUGCGCCGACGCGGCCUGGCAGCGGCAGUGCGAGCGGCAACAGCGGGAGCUGGGGCGACGUCAGUGGGCACUUUAGUGGUGGUGAGGGGGUGCAGCAGAUGACCCGGAGUAAGCCGCCGUUGCAGAGCGGCGCAGCACUCUCGCAUGGGGACUAGCUAGGAACGCCGCUUGCGCUGUGAUUUGUGGUAAGGUAUGGUGUGAUGUAUGGGGAUGUGAAGUGACGUGAGGGUGCAUGUUUAGGGUUGGAGGCCGCAGGAAGUUUUACCACGGAGAACUGGAGACGGGCAGGGAUCGGCAAGCGCGGGGGUCGGGGUGCGGGGCAAAGGGUGGCUCGAAAUUAAGAGUGCGGGACUUCAAGUUUACCAGCAGAUUUUGCGUGUGUGCCAGUAUUAACAAUAUCACAAGGAGCAGAGUAGCGGACAUGACGCUGUAAGGACGUCGCUCU